GCGCACUGCUUGUGGCCGCCUGACACCGCGCCAAGGCAUGGAAGGAGCUCGACGACAAGCGCAAGGCAGAAAUGCAAAGGUCAAGGUAGAGGAUAGCACUGGCUGAAGAAGCUACUGUCCACUUCUCUGACUGGACUGAGGUCAAGCAUGAGGACCGGUCUGGGUUAGUGAAAGUGUUGGAAGGUGAUAUGCUUGAUAUGAAGAAUUUGCAGAAUCCUUUGCCCUUCUCUUUGGUCAUCUGCGACUUCCCUUACGACUUCAAUCUUCCGAUGUCAGCAGAUGACACUCAACCUUUUCCCGAGGACGACAUUGUCCUUGUCCUGCAGAACGUGAAGGAGGUGUGCACAGGGCCACUCUGGACGGUUGCUGGGUUCUGCUCUGUGGACAUGCUCUCUUAUAUCAGGAAUGCCUUUGCCAGGGUUUGCAAUGCAGGCCAGGAGGUGGUCACAUGGUGCAAGCCGAAUGUCAUGAAUACAGGUGGCCCUCGUCUUGUCAGCACAACUGAGUUCUUUGUGAUUGGUUACUACAGCGUGACUGGUUCAUGGGAGGCGACCCACUACAAUUUCGCCUCUACGGAUCCUCGCCAUAACUACCGUCUUUUUGAUGCUGUGAUGAAGAAGUACAAUCACCCUCUCGACCUUGCAGUCCUGUGUCCGUACCAGAAGCCAGUCACCCUGUACGCUUGGUUGGUAGACAAAUUUUCCCCUCCUGGCUCGUACGUCAUCGAUGGCUUCUCAGGCUCUGGAACUGGGGCAAUUGCCUGUGUUCUUCGCAACAGGAAUUGCUUAGUUGUCGAGAAAAACAGUCGGUGCGCCGUCGGUAUUCGGGCGCGCAUUCUCAAUGACAUUGGACUUACCAUCGACAGAGAAUGCAGGCGUAAGGAAGCCAAAGAGGCCGACAAAUACUACAAGUGCGCGUUCGUUGCAGAGGAGGAAGCAACAGGGACGGAUGCACGACCGACCAAUGAGGAGCUGGAGGUCAUCUGUCUGGCGAAAACAACUGCAGCGUCCCAGGCGGCAGGAACUGCAGCAACAGGAACAGCAGCUGCAGCAACAAACGUGGGGGUAGUAGCAGAGGGUGCAGCAGCUGCAGUAACAGCAGCGGCAGUGACAAUAACAGCAGCAGCUGCAACAACUGGACCAGCAACAGCACCAGCAACAGCACGAGCAUCAGCGGCACAGCGCAGGCAAGGGUCGUGCAUAGAACCUGGGGCCAGCCAGGACUCGUCAGUAGGAACCACCACGCGGGGGGCAAGGAAGAGGAAGCAGGCCGCCGUCGCUAAAGAGGUUAAUAGCCCAAGGGCGAAAACGCAUGUGAUUGCGCUGAUCUCGAGAGCAACCUCGGGUGCUCUUACACGGGAUGCUGGCGGUAGUGGCAACUAGCAGCUCUCUGCAACAGAGUAACGUUGUUGAUUUAAAGUUCUAUAAACGUAGGCGAGGACUUGCAUGACCUGAA